AUGUCACUGGAUAACAUCAAGAAAUAUUUUGAAGUGAGAAGAUUUGCUAUGGAUGAAGAUGACUACAGCAAGUUAAUGGGAUUGGUUGAUGCGCUGGGUGAAGGAUUGGACAAGAAAGAAGCAGAUUCAAAUGUGCUGAAAGAUGAAGGUGAUAAGUUGGUGGAAAAUGGUAAAUUGUUUGAUGGUCUGGACAAGUAUCAAAAUGGAUUGGAGAUUUGCCCACUGAAUAAGUUGAUAUUGUUGCAUAGGGCAGGAGUAUAUGGUCAGAUCAGUAAGAAACUGAAGAAUUGUGACAACUGCAUUUGUGGAGACAAACCAAAGGAAGAGGCCAAAAAGUUUGAAUACAAAUCAUUUUAUGAUUUGGUAGAAGAUAAGAAACUGUGCUACCACCAAAAAGUGAAUUUAUUCAACAAAUGUGCCAUCAACGAUUCAAUCCGAGGACUACACGUUGAUCCAUUUGAUGCCAGGUUUUAUGUUAAACUGAUUGAAAUCCAUGAAGAUGAUUCCAAGGCACAGGAAUAUUAUUUAAGAGAAGGAUUGAGAAUAGCACCUGAGAACGAUGAGCUAAUGAAGUUGAAAGAGAUAAUAUUAAAGGAAUAG